AAUCAUUUGGCUUCAUUGAUGUGAAAGGGGCAGAUAUAUUUAAAGUCAUCACGAAGACACAGAUUGCAAUUAUCUCUGGAAAAAAGAAGAGGAGGACAAGGAAUUCAAAUCCAGGAAUACAAAAAUUCUCGGCACACAUAAAGAUAUGAAGACAUUGUGAUUUGCAGACAAUGCAAUCAAUACAAUCUUUCUUGAGGGGCUUGUGUCGCAAGAAGCCCUUGGAACCAGAGGGUGAGGUCUCCACUUUCCGUCGCUGUCUUACCACAUUAGACCUAGUUGCUUUGGGAGUGGGCAGCACUUUAGGAGCAGGAGUCUAUGUGCUGUCUGGAGAGGUGGCUCGUACGCUAGCUGGACCAAGUAUCAUCAUCUCGUUCUUCAUUGCUGCUUUAGCUUCUAUCUUUGCUGGCCUCUGCUAUGCUGAGUUCGGAGCAAGGGUUCCUAAAACUGGAUCUGCAUAUCUUUACAGCUAUGUGACAGUAGGAGAGGUGUGGGCUUUCACAACAGGAUGGAAUUUACUACUGUCCUAUGUCAUCGGCACAUCAAGUGUGGCCAGGGCAUGGAGCGGUACAUUUGAUGAUCUUAUUGAAAAUGCGAUGGCCAAUUACUUUAACAAACAUGUAGCGCUGGGGUUGCCUGGCCUGGCAUCCUACCCAGACUUCUUUGCAGCUGGUCUCAUCAUGAUUCUUUCUGGUCUUCUUGCAUACGGUGUGAAAGAAUCAACCACAGUCAACAAGAUAUUCACAAGUGUUAAUGUACUGGUGUUAAUAUUUGUCAUAAUAUCUGGCUUUAUCAAGGGAAAACUGCAAAACUGGUUCAUCACUGAAGAUAUUUUACUGAAUGCAACAGCAACGCUUGAAAAUCGAACAUCAACCUUCAAUGUCACGUCUGAGUAUGGAGUGGGUGGCUUUUUUCCAUUUGGAUUUGAAGGCACGUUGGCAGGGGCAGCUACUUGUUUCUAUGCAUUUGUAGGCUUUGACUGCAUUGCAACUACAGGCGAGGAGGUAAAGAACCCACAGAAGUCCAUUCCUUUGGGUAUCGUGGCCUCUCUUCUCAUCUGUUUCGUGUCUUACUUUGGCGUUUCGGCUGCACUGACCUUGAUGAUGCCAUAUUACCUUCUCAGUACUCAGAGUCCCCUGCCUGUGUCCUUUGCUUACGUUGGAUGGGGUGCUGCAAAGUACGCAGUGGCGGUUGGGUCCCUGUGCGCUCUCUCUACAAGUCUAUUAGGAUCCAUGUUUCCGAUGCCUCGAGUUUUGUUUGCCAUGGCCAGAGAUGGACUCAUGUUUAAAUCUCUGUGUAAAGUCAGUCUAAGGCAAAGUCCGGUGGUGGCCACGCUAUCUUCUGGCACUGUGGCAGCAAUAAUGGCUCUUUUAUUUGACCUGAAGGCUUUGGUUGAUAUGAUGUCAAUCGGAACUCUCUUCUCCUACACACUUGUGGCUAUUUGUAUUCUCGUACUUAGGUAUCAAGAGACACCGUCAGAAGAAAAUGAUUUACGCACACCUACAACCUCCACGUUUUGGUUUUUAAAACCUCCUUCGAGUCCUACCAAGGAAACUUCAAACACAGUUACAACCUGCACAGUUUUUAUAGUGGUGUUGGUGCUUAUUCUGUCAUUGGUGCUCAGCAAGGCUAUCAGAUCUUUGUUAUUUUUGGAGGUCUGGAGUGUUGUGAGUGUAUCUGUGAUUCUGAUCAUAAUGUUACUCACUACCUUGAUUAUCUGGAUGCAGCCGCAGAACCCAAGCAAAGCCUACUUCAUGGUACCAUUUUUGCCUUUACUCCCUGUGGCGAGCGUGUUUAUAAACAUCUAUCUAAUGGUUCAACUGGGAGGAGACACCUGGGUUCGGUACGCUGUUUGGAUGGCUGGGGGAUUUCUUAUCUACUUUGGCUAUGGAGUGAGGAACAGUGUCCAGAAGCAAAGGUUUCUCAGCAGUCAGGUCAACAUUGAAGCCAAUGAAACCAAACCUGAUAAUGAUGCACCAAAAUAACAAGAUUCCUAAACCUCCAAAAAUCUUUUGUACUUCUUACAUUUGUAAAAUAAAUGCAAAACUUUCUUUCUCUUUCAUUUCUGUUUUAUAGAUAUUUCAUCAUAUUGGUGGUGAAUUCAUCUCUUUUUAUACGGUAGAUUUUAAAAAUGAAUAAAUGAUAUAACAAAU